AUGGCCGAGACCGAGACGCCGGUGCUUUGGUGCGUGGACGAGCUCAACGUGGCCACGCGUCGCGGCCGCAUCGUGCGCAAAGUACGGGAGCGCUAUCUCCGCGACGAUCUGAGCUGCUCGCUGCCGAGCUGCUCGUUGUGCAGCACCGAUGACGACGUGACAGCGGCCACGCACGUGCUGGGCACCAUGAAGACGGUGCUGGGCGACCGUCCACGAGACGGGUCGUAUCUAUUGCCAUCGAUGAAGACGGUGUUGCUUCAGAUGGACGUGUUGGAGUUUUCGUGCAAGAAAAGGACGCACGCGGACACGCGCGAAGUCUUUGCCGAUGUUUUGAUAUUAGAGACCGUGUGGGAGUUUGUCAAGCGACAGGAUCUGGGCGUCUACAAUCGUCUUCGCGCGCUGCUGCUGAACGCUGAUCGGCGGUUUGUCGUGUUUGCUAACGAGCACCAUCAGUCGUGUUUUGUCCAGAAGCAACAGAUGCUGCCUCAAGGGUACAGGGAAGACGAAGAGAUAAUGGGCACGUUCGAGACGGAAGACAAGCGAAAUGAACGCGCUGUAGCUACUGCUUGGACGUGGUAUGCCAAGCAUCUGAAGGAGCUCGAGCGGAGCCACAAGGUUCGAGUUCAGUUUUUGGCCAAUGACGCCGAGGACUUGAAAAGUGCUGAACACUACGGCGUCACGGGAGGAAUGACGAUAGCAGAGUUUCUGAAGCCUGUAGCCAGCGAAUUUCCCGAACUAGUUGAUUUGCUCUCGGCUUCAGUAGCGGCAGCAGAAGACAAACAGCUGACAGCUGAAGGAGUGAGCAGCACAAGAGGACGGGAGUGCAAGAAGAGAUUGUAUCCCGAGCAUAUACCAACGGCCGACGUGCUUGCCGGGAUCACAAAUAAGAGAUUUUUCAAGGGCACAAUUCGAUGCAAUCGCGACUUUUGGCUGGAGUGUCAUGUGCUGAUUUGUGGAGAGAAUGGGGUGAAGAUGCCAGUGUUGGUGCAAGGUCGGGAACAUAUCAACCGAGCGAUUGAUGGAGAUGUAGUUGCCAUAGAGCUGUUGCCGAAAGAGCAGUGGAAAGCUGCUUCGAAUUCUUUUGCGGAGAAUAACACAGUUGACGCGGCAGAUGACGAAGAUGUCGAUGAUGACAAAGGAGACGAGCAACCUCCAGUUAUUGGUGUUGCUGAACCUACUAUUUCGCCAGAACAGCUGCCACUAGUGCAGAACGACGCUGCACAUAAUGUGAAGCCUACCGGACGCGUUGUGAGCAUCAUUCAACGCAACUGGCGCAAGUAUUGCGGAUCGCUGGAGCCGCCACGGGAUGGGACGACAUUGAGUGUAUCUGGAAGCUGCCUGGUAGUGCCAGUGGAUCGGAAAGUACCAAAAAUUAUGAUUCGCACACGGCAGCAAGAAGCGCUCAUGGACAAACGGCUUCUAGUAGCAAUAGACUCGUGGCCCUCGGAUAGCAAAUUUCCUUUGGGUCACUAUGUGCGCACGUUAGGUGUCAUUGGUGACAAGGAGACCGAAACGAACGUGCUGCUUAUUGAGCAUGACAUCCCGUGCGACCAGUUUAGUGACGAGGUAAUGCGCUGCCUCCCGCCGGAAGACUGGAAAAUUACACCCGAUAACUCUAGUGGACGUCGUGACUUACGUGACCUGCCAGUCAUGACCCCCCUUGAUGAAGAGGCUGCUGACCGUGGAACAUCGACGUAUCUUGUUGACCGUCGUCUCGACAUGCUUCCUGGACUGCUGACGACCAAGCUUUGCUCGCUCACAUGUACGGAAGAUCACUUUGCCUUCAGCAUCCUGUGGGAGAUGAAGCUUGUGGGUAGUAAGGAAGUGCAGAUCAUCGACGUGUCGUUUUGCAAAAGCCUUAUACGCUCGGUAGCUUCACUGUCGUACCAACAGGCGCAAGAGUUAUUGGACGAUCCCGGCGCUGGUCGUGUGUUUGGGCAGGGCGGAAACUUGACGACGAAGAAAAGUGUCGGAAGUGAGAAAGAGUCCGAGCGUCGACAGGUGCUGGGAAGUGGCAUCAAGACACUGAAUGCAAUUGCAGCACGCUUGCGCGCUAAGCGAAUCGAGGCCGGAGCUUUGACGUUGGCCUCGCCUGAAGUGCGCUUUGUACUUGAUACGGAUACGCAAAAUCCGCUAGACGUGCAAAUGUACACCCUUCGUGAUACGAAUGCUCUUGUGGAAGAGUUCAUGCUUCUAGCCAACAUUACUGUGGCCAAGAAGAUUGUGCGUCAUUUUCCGACCUCCUCAAUGCUACGGCGGCAUCCUGCACCUUCUAAACGCCAGUUUGAUCUACUGUGCAGCCAGGCGAAAGCUAUUGGUGUUGAGCUGCACGUGGAUACGUCCAAGCAGCUCCAAGAUUCGUUGGACACCGCUGACUUGCUUGUCGAGAAUGGAGAAGGUGGUACGCAUGGCAAGCGAAAGCAUCGCAAUAAGUCCAAUCCAUACUUUAACAAGUUGUUGCGCAUAAUGACCACGCGCUGUAUGAUGCCGGCUAGCUAUUUCAGCUCAGGUGAAGUGGCGCCUCCAGAGUACCACCACUACGGUUUGGCAGCUCCAAUUUAUACGCACUUCACUUCACCUAUUCGACGAUACGCUGAUGUAGUUGUCCACCGCUUGUUGGCUGCUGCCAUCGGUGUUGCACCGCUGCCAAGCUACCUCGAAAAUAAGUCUCACCUGCAUGAGAUCAGUGACCAGCUCAACCGGCGCCACCACGCAGCUCAGCUCGCUGGUAGAGCCUCGGUGACUCUACACACGGUGUUGUAUUUCCAGCAGUAUCCGACACGUACCGAUGCCGUCAUCACGAAGGUCAAGAGCAAUGGCGUGGGGGUGAUGUUGCCCAGUUUCGGAGAACAGCCGCACGCUGCAGGUCUUCGACCGCGUGCGCGUCAAGAAGUGUACGUUGCUCUGGGCUUUGGCAAUCGCCAGGAAGUCAAAAUGGACUUGUUGGACGAAGAUGAUGGAUUGGACGACGAAGCAGAGGGCAAGUCCCAAGAGGAAGCAAAAGCUGCAGUUUUCAAGAAGCGUAAGGCAGCCGCGUAA